AUGCGGCCAGGUGUCUCCUUUGGUGCGAUCUUGUGCUUCUCAUUCAUACGUACCCAACAGCCAGUCCUUGACGUUCUGUCCAGAGUGGAGUCAAAGCCGAAGGAAAUCCAGCCACGCACGUCCUGGCCAUCGAUAAGCCAGAUAGUGACCUCACCCAAAUGCCCCAUCGGCUUGAAUUAUCCGGCGGGCGAGAAGCGUGGCGCACCAUCCGGCGGAAAUUGGGAAAGGAUAACUAUGGCACUUGCAGACCAGUAGAUAGGUCAGCUGCAGUGGUAACUGAUGGCAUGCAAGAGCAGCACAC